CGCGCCGGCGCCAUGGAGACAGUCACAAGACGCUCGCGCCCGGCGCGCCAGCCAAUGGGAGCGCACGUCGCGGGGAGACGCGGACGUCGCUCUUCCAAGAUGGCGGCGCGUCCGUCGCGAGCAGCCGGGCCGGGGGGAAGCCAGCGAAGCCGAGUAAAGCCGCCGCCCGGGACAGGACUGAAGCAGCAGUUGCCGCCGUUGGCGGCGGCCCGGGCAGUUUCCGCUGCUGCUACGGCUGUUGCCAUGCGGCGAGGCUAGGGAGGACCUCACUCCCUCGGGGUGUAAUGAUGUUAACAGAGGCCAGUCUAUCCAUAUGGGGAUGGGGAAGCCUCGGCAUUGUCCUUUUUCUAAUAACCUUUGGACCCUUUGUAAUAUUUUAUUUGGCAUUUUAUAUCCUCUGCUUUGUGGGAGGGGGUUUAGUGGUUACGCUUCUGUAUGGGAAAACUAACUCAGAAAAAUACCUAGAGCAGUGUGAACACUCAUUUCUUCCUCCAACAUCAUCUGGGGUUCCUAAGUGCUUAGAAGAAAUGAAACGAGAAGCCAGGACUAUAAAGAUUGACAGAAGAUUGACUGGUGCCAAUAUAAUUGAUGAACCUCUCCAGCAAGUUAUCCAGUUUUCCUUGAGGGAUUAUGUCCAGUACUGGUAUUAUACAUUAAGCGAUGAUGAGUCAUUUCUUCUUGAAAUUAGGCAAACUCUUCAAAAUGCACUUAUUCAGUUUGCUACUAGGUCAAAAGAAAUAGACUGGCAGCCUUAUUUUACUACACGCCUUGUAGAUGAUUUUGGCACUCACCUACGAGUAUUCAGAAAGGCCCAACAGAGAGUGACAGAGAAAGAUGAUCAAGUAAAAGGUACAGCAGAGGAUCUGGUAGAAACCUUUUUUGAAGUUGAAGUUGAAAUGGAAAAGGAUGUUUGCCGGGAUCUCGUAUGCACGUCUCCCAAAGAUGAAGAAGGAUUCCUAAGGGAUUUGUGUGAGGUUUUAUUAUAUUUAUUGCUACCUCCUGGAGAUUUUCAGAGCAAGAUCAUGCGAUACUUUGUCAGGGAAAUCCUUGCACGAGGAAUUCUUCUUCCAUUAAUAAAUCAACUCAGUGAUCCUGAUUAUAUUAAUCAAUAUGUCAUAUGGAUGAUCCGCGAUUCAAAUUGCAACUAUGAGGCCUUUAUGAACAUUAUUAAAUUAAGUGACAAUAUUGGAGAGUUAGAGGCAGUCAGAGAUAAGGCAGCAGAAGAGCUACAGUACCUUAGAUCUUUAGAUACAGCCGGUGAUGAUAUUAACACUAUCAAAAAUCAAAUAAAUAGCUUAUUAUUUGUAAAGAAAGUAUGUGACUCAAGAAUACAGAGGUUACAGUCAGGCAAAGAAAUAAAUACUGUGAAGCUAGCAGCAAACUUUGGGAAACUUUGUACAGUCCCACUGGACAGCAUUCUUGUAGACAAUGUUGCACUACAAUUUUUUAUGGAUUAUAUGCAGCAAACUGGAGGCCAAGCACAUCUCUUCUUUUGGAUGACAGUAGAAGGAUACCGGGUUACAGCCCAGCAGCAGCUAGAGGUUCUGUCAAGUCGUCAGAGAGAUGGCAAACAGCAGACCAACCAAACCAAAGGUCUUUUAAGAGCAGCAGCUGUUGGAAUUUAUGAACAGUAUUUAUCUGAAAAGGCAUCUCCAAGAGUUAUUGUUGAUGACUGUUUAGUAGCAAAAUUAGCAGAUACUUUGAAUCAUGAAGAUCCAACUCCAGAAAUCUUUGAUGACAUUCAAAGAAAGGUAUAUGAAUUGAUGCUACGAGAUGAAAGAUUUUACCCUUCCUUUAGGCAGAAUGCGCUCUAUGUGCGAAUGCUAGCUGAGCUUGACAUGUUAAAAGAUCCUAGUUUCCGCGGAUCAGAUGAUGGGGAUGGAGAAUCUUUUAAUGGAUCUCCUACAGGAAGCAUAAAUUUGUCUUUAGAUGACCUUUCAAGUGUGACUUCUGAUGAUUCUGUACAACUUCAUGCCUACAUUUCAGACACUGUAUAUGCUGACUAUGACCCAUAUGCUGUGGCAGGCGUUUGUAAUGAUCAUGGCAAGACAUACGCACUGUAUGCCAUCACUGUACACCGGCGCAACCUAAACACUGAGGAGAUGUGGAAGACCUAUCGGCGGUACAGUGACUUCCAUGACUUCCACAUGAGAAUCACUGAGCAGUUUGAAAAUCUAUCAAGCAUAUUGAAGCUUCCUGGUAAAAAGACGUUUAACAAUAUGGAUAGAGAUUUUUUAGAAAAGAGGAAAAAGGAUUUAAAUGCCUAUUUGCAGUUACUCUUGACUCCUGAAAUGAUGAAGGCAUCCCCAGCAUUGGCUCACUGUGUCUAUGAUUUCCUUGAGAACAAAGCCUACAGUAAAGGGAAGGGUGAUUUUGCUCGAAAGAUGGAUACUUUUGUAAAUCCACUUCGCAACUCUAUGAGGAAUGUUUCAAAUGCAGUCAAAUCCCUUCCUGAUAGUUUGGCAGAAGGAGUGACAAAAAUGUCAGACAACGUGGGCAGAAUGUCAGAGAGAUUGGGGCAAGACAUAAAGCAGUCGUUUUUUAAGGUCCCUCCUUUAAUUACAAAGACUGAUUCAGAUCCUGAACAUUGUCGAGUCUCAGCUCAGCUUGAUGAUAAUGUGGAUGACAACAUUCCACUUAGGGUAAUGCUGCUUCUAAUGGAUGAGGUGUUUGACUUAAAAGAGAGAAAUCAGUGGUUGAGAAGGAAUAUCAAGAAUUUACUCCAGCAGCUUAUUCGAGCUACAUAUGGUGAUACUAUUAACAGGAAAAUAGUUGACCAUGUUGACUGGAUGACCUCACCAGAACAAGUAGCAGACUCGGUGAAGCGUUUCAGAGAUGCAUUUUGGCCCAAUGGUAUUUUAGCAGAGACUGUUCCAUGCAGAGAUAAAGCUAUUCGAAUGAGAACAAGAAUUGCAGGAAAAACAAAAUUAUUUGCAAUUAUGCCAGAUGAACUGAAGCACAUUAUUGGAGCUGAGACAACACGGAAAGGUAUUCUUCGUGUUUUUGAAAUGUUUCAGCACAACCAGCUAAAUAGGAGAAUGGUGUAUGUCUUCUUAGAAGGCUUUUUAGAAACCCUGUUUCCACAGUAUAAAUUUCGUGAACUUUUCAACAAACUUCAUUCAAGGUCAAAGCAAAUGCAGAAAUAUAAACAAAAACUUCAAAGUACUCAAGCGCCUUCUUUACAAAAAAGGUGACACUCCAACUUAUGAAGCUGGUGUUCAUUUUGUCCAGGACUAACGGUGUGGACAGAUCUUCCGGGUGUAACUCACAUACUGUCGUGUCUGCACCAGUCUUUCCAUGUCUCAAAACAGAUUACUAGUACAUCGUAAGACUGGUUCUUCUCAUUCUCAACUGUAAUCCAGCCACUACCAAGAGAGAUUCCUGUGUCUUACAUGAUUUGGUGCAUAAUUUGCAACAUUGAGAGGAUACUGCCCCAUCUCGUUCAAGAAUGGAGUUGGUCUCUUCUGUUCCAAACUAAUCAGCGUUCUCUCCCAGUGCCAGAGCGUGUGUGCGUGCGUGCGUGCGUGCGUGUGUGUGUGUGUGUGUGUGUGUGUGUGUGUGUGUGUGUGUAUGUUUGUGUGAGAGCUGAGGGAAGCACAAAGCAGCUGGUCCUAGGUAACUUAGCUAACUAGUGUAGUAACUGCAGACCGCAGCGCAUACUUGGAGAAAUUUGUUUCACUCAAGGAUCUUGUGGGUCGUCAGCAUUUUGCUAUCAUGUGGGUUAGCAGGUGAAUGAUCUUUAGAACAAUUGUUCAAUUGUUUCAAGGAGGCCUGGGCAAAGUGAGAGAAAGAAUGCCCUUAGUGUAGGAAAAGCCCUUCCCAAAUUACUGUCUUGUGUAAAGUAAAGCACUAUAAAAUAAAACCAAUCAAAACCAGAAUUUGAUUGGAUUUAUUACUCAUUGAUAGAAAUGUUUCUUGAUCUUCCUUUCUGUGCGCCGUAGGGCUCGGCUUUGCUCUACAGUGCUCAACUCUCCAUUUCUCCUUUGGCGUUCUGUGCAGAAGAAGCAUGUGGUAGCUCUCUUAUGAGUUCAAAUUUUUUUUAAUCUUUUAACAGAUUACUGAUUAUAUAGAAGGGAAAUUAUUUAUUGUAAGAACUGCCAAAUACAUUGUCCUUCUAAAAAUUGGAAAUUAAAACAGUACUCUAUUGAAAGUUACCAUAUGAUAACUUUAAAUUGUAUGAUCUAGACAUGCCUUAGGUAACUACCAAUAUAGCAAAUCAAAGGAUUAAUGAGCUUAUAGUCCUAUGUAAACAUACAGAUGCCUAAUUCUACUAUGUGUACAUAUAUGAAAAUAAAUAAUGAAAACAGAACUGUACUAUUUUUAAAAAUAUGCUUUUAUUUAUAUUUCGCAUAAUGUAAAAUUCUAAAUAAAGCUAGUACACAAACCCCUUUGGUGUAUACAUUUACGCCCUAAUAUUUUAUAUCAGUGAGACAAAAUACCUUUUCCAGUUGUGAAGCCUUUGCAUUUCCUAGUGUUCUCUCCAUUUUGUCCAUUAGGAAGUCUUCAUAUCCCAUAUAUGCAGGAUUUCUGUACUUUUAAAUACUUCCUAUGACUAAAGGUUUGGAUAUAUCAGCUCUUUUUGUUUAAAAAAUAUUUAACACUAAAACCUUAAAAUAGUGAAACUACUUUUUAGACCACUGAGCCAGUAUCCUGAUAUUUAAAGAACGUUUGGGUGCUUGUUGUAAAGGGACAGAGUAUUGAUAAUCCAGUUAUUUGGGAGCUUGGAAAUUGGAAUGGGACUUUUGUCUUACUUUCAGCCAGAUCCUCCUUACCCAGUGAAGCCCUGUAAUAAGAGGGAGGCCAUCCUGUGAAGCUUUAUGACGUUAUCAGUGCUGUGUGCAUAGGUGUCGUGUGCACACACUCAGCAUGUGCUGCAUGUCUUUCAGAGUUACAUAAGUAAAACCCCUUUUCAAAACUUGCAAGUGAGGAAAGAUUCUGUUUUUCUGUCAGAAGAAAUGUUUCCUGUACUCAGCAUAAGCUCCAGCCCUGCCCUGCCCUGCCCCUCCCUGCCCUGCUCUGCCAGCCCUUCCUUGGCCCCAGGCUUAAAAUUGGAUGCCUCAAGUCUGUAGGAAGCCUCAGCAUGGCCACAAGUGCAAUAAUUUCAUACAUAGCCUCCCGUUUCAGUCAUAUUUUUUACAUAAAUACAUUUAAGUAUAUACAGAAGGAUUUAUGCAAGAGCCCAGUGUGUACAUGUGAAAAGUUUUUCUAUAUAAAGUGAAAAAACUGUCAACCAGGGGAAAGAGGUCAUGUAAAAUGCAGAUUCUUCUAACAGCCCUGCAAGACAACUGCAACCACACCGAAACAAAACAGAGAGCAAAACCAAAACUAUUUGAAGAAAUAGUUUUUUAAAGGGAAUUUUUGUUGAGAAGCAUUUAUAUUUCAGGAGCAGAAAUGUCAAAUGGCCACGGGUCUCUGCACAUCUGUAUUCUACAACAAAGAGUGUGGUCGUGCUGUAGCUACAGAUAACCUAGGCUCGGACCCACUGCGCAGAGUAUUUAACCCAUAAGUAAAGUACAGUGUUCUACAUUUAAUAAAAUUACUAUAUUUUGUGCAUUUGUUGCUCAGAUGAACAUAGACACAAAGAGGCUUUAUGUCCUUUGCUGAAUGCUUUAAGUCAGUGGUGCCUUUAGGCAAGAGCGUCAAAAUUAAUCAUUCUUUGGGGUUUUCUGAUAUUUUUUCAGGUAGUGUAAAACUACAAAGAAACCAUCACAGCUUCUUCACCUAAAGUUUAAGUGUAUGACUUAAACGUAACCCUUAGAUGAGCAUUUCCUAUAAUUCAAGUGUUCCAUGUAGUUGCUAGAGACAGUUGUGCCAUUGACCGGUGGAUGGAUGCACUUUGUUAGCCUUAAUUUAAAAAAAAAAAAAAUUCUUGAAUAUAUCAGUUUGAUCACUACAAGUUUGCUGCAGGUGUUUGGGGAAAAAAAAACAGUUAAGUGCAAUGAAAGUGUACCUUUUUUUUUUUUUUUUUAAGAAACUAAGAACAACAUAAUUUUCAAAAUCUACCAUUUUAAUUUUGUGCAAUAUUUUCAUUUAAUGCAUGUUUAAGUAAUUGUAAAAUAACACAUUUUUAAUGUUUUGAGAUCUAAUUUAACUGUAUUCUUAACCCAACAACUUCAUUCUGUUGUUGCUGCACCUUAAUUAAGGACUUGUUUUAAAAGUCUUUUUGUCACUCCUUGUAAAAUUCUUUUCUUAGUAGAAAAAUUUUGCUUAUGGGAGCAUGGCUCCUGUAUUAUAAGGGAAAACUAAAGAGCACAUUUUAGGAUUUUAAUUGUUAAACAUUACCUUGUGCAUAUCACUGUACAUAAGUGUCAAUCGUGCCUAACCGCUCUAUCAAUGCUCCCCUCUAACCAAGGGGAAAGAAUCAGAAUGUCAGUUAUUUUUAUUAACUACAGAAAUUAAAAUUUUUAUUUGGUUUGUGUUAUUUCUGUCUGUUAGAAAAUACUAAUAAAGUAUUAACAAACAA